GCUGGGCUGAGCGGGGCCACGGGGAAGGCGGGCAGAGCUCCGGCACGAGCACCGGCAUCUUCAUGCUGAGGCGUGGGACGUGACUCAGGGAACACCCUUGAGCUUCGUCAUGGGAGCUGUGGUAGCUGACGAUGGUCCAUCUGGUGUUAAAGCCCCUGAUGGAGGCUGGGGCUGGGCUGUCCUUUUUGGCUGUUUUAUCAUCACAGGGUUCUCCUAUGCCUUUCCUAAGGCAGUUAGUGUCUUCUUCAAAGAACUUAUCCGGGAAUUUGGCAUUGGAUAUAGUGACACUGCAUGGAUUUCCUCUAUUCUGUUGGCCAUGCUUUAUGGAACAGGUCCACUCUGUAGUGUAUGUGUCAACCGCUUUGGCUGUCGCCCUGUCAUGCUGGUGGGUGGCCUUUUUGCCUCAAUGGGGAUGGUGAUUGCCUCCUUCUGCACAAGUAUUGUUCAAAUCUAUCUAACUGCAGGUGUGAUUACUGGUUUGGGACUGGCACUAAACUUUCAGCCUUCACUCAUCAUGUUAAACCGUUACUUUGACAAACGCCGUCCCUUAGCCAAUGGGCUAUCUGCUGCGGGGAGUCCAGUGUUUCUUUGUGCUCUCUCACCACUGGGGCAGAUACUACAACACGAAUAUGGUUGGAGAGGAGGAUUCCUUAUACUGGGUGGGAUGCUGCUCAACUGCUGCGUAUGUGGCGCAUUAAUGAGACCUUUGGAGCCACCAAAAAAGCCUGAAGCUACCAAAGACCCAGCUGAGAAGAAAGCAAAGAAAAAACUUCUGGAUUUCAGCGUUUUUAAAGAUGGUGGUUUUGUAAUCUACACGCUAGCAGCCUCUAUCAUGGUGCUUGGCCUCUUUGUUCCCCCAGUUUUCGUUGUGAGUUAUGCCAAGGAUUUAGGAUAUCAAGACACCAAAGCAGCUUUUCUUCUAACUAUUCUGGGAUUCAUUGAUAUCUUUGCUCGGCCUAUUUGUGGAAUGGUAGCUGGUCUUAAAUGGGUUAGACCACGCUGUGUCUACCUCUUCAGUUUUGCUAUGAUUUUCAAUGGCUUUACAGAUCUCAUGGGUUCUAUGUCUGUUGAUUAUGGUGGCCUGGUGGUGUUUUGUAUUUUCUUUGGCAUUUCUUAUGGAAUGGUAGGUGCUCUUCAGUUUGAAGUUCUCAUGGCUAUUGUGGGUACCCAGAAGUUUUCCAGUGCUAUUGGCUUAGUGCUCCUGGCAGAAGCUAUGGCUGUUCUAAUUGGUCCACCAUCAGCAGGAAAACUCCUGGAUGCAACAGGGAGGUACAUGUUUGUUUUUAUUAUUGCUGGAAUUGAAGUUACCACCUCAGCACUUGUAUUGGCCUUGGGAAAUUUCUUCUGCAUUAAGAAAAAAUCAGAAGAACCACACACAAAAGAAGAAGCAGCAGAAAGAGAGGAGUUAAACAAAUCUGAAGACAAAACUCCUGAAGAUGCCAGCAAGGUGGACUCUAUUGAAGUGGAACAGUUUCUGAAAGAUGAGCCUGAAAAAAACGGUGAAGUUGUAACUAACCCAGAAACAUGUGUGUAAGCAUGACAGGAAACCAACAAAGCUUCUAGAAACAAAAGAUUUUCAACACUAUUUAUUUUAGAAAUAGAACUAGUUUAGGGCUGGGCCAUCUUCUUUAUUAACUGGAAACUGGUCAGCUCCUCAGGGCUCUGGAAGCUGAUUAGCUAGAAAACCUUUUAUUGGAAGAUUGGCUUGAUCAGUAAAAGGUAGAACAUUGUGGUUAUACUUUUUAUGCAAACUAAAAAGCUUUUAUAAACACAGGUAUAGUCUUGCUAUGCAUCACCAGAAACUGCUCAGUCGGUAGAGAUACAGAAAGAAUAUCUUUUAAGAAAAGUGGAAUUACAUGUACAUUUUCAGACAAUAUUAGUGAAUUUGUUGUGUUGUGCAGCUAAAUGUAAUUUCCCUUUCUGUGUUCUUUGUGAAGGGGAAAGAGUUUGAGACAAAGAAAAACCUCAGGAACUUAAAAGGUCUUAAGUUUUUGAAUUUGUUACAUUUUCAGAUUUUUAGAUUAAUUGGCUCAGCCCUAAUUUAAUUUUGGUAAUAUGUAUUACUUUAUGUAAAUGUAUUUCUAACUUUUGUCUAUACCUAUAAUCUUUGUAAUUAUCAUCUAGAAAUACUGUACAUAAAGAGGCACAUUAUAGAUACUGUCCUCAGCAGAUCACAAGAGUGGUAUUCUGAAGUAGUACUGAAAGAAAAUAGAAUGAGCAAAUUGAUCCUGACAGUAAGUAAACAAAGGUAGCCUAUAUUUAUAUACACUGUUUUCAGUACAGUUUCCCUGCAGCAUUGAAAGUAUUAUAUGUAACAUGGAGAAUACAGGUACUGGGUUUAGUAGAAUCUUCCCAAAGAGUGUCCAUUUUGCAUAUAAAAGGAACAGUUUAAGUUUCCAGAUGACCAGUAAAUUAAGACUGGGUAGACUUGAGGAAGUGACUAGACUGUUUAGAAACUUUAGCCAUCUUUAAAGUGCAAUGUUAGCAACACAGAAAAUCUUCAACAUGGUGGCAGUGUCUUUUUGGUAGUCGACCCCAGCCCACUUACCCCACUUCCCUGUCCUUUUGCUGAAUCUAUGGAAGUUGAAGGGGCUAUUCUUGCUGGUUAAGGAAACUUCAUAGAACUGUUGAUCAUAUGACAUGGCAAAAAGACCAAGAACAGGGUCAGCUCUCAUUGUGCAAACAGAAUGGGAGUUUCUGGCCAGUCUUUAAAUCUUCUCUGACAUUGGUAUGUGGGAAAAAGAAACAGCUCAGACAAGGUAGUGACAGCAUAUUUGAAGGAAAGCAGAAAGGUAAGAUUCAUUGUGACAACACUGAAUUCUUAAGGAAGGUAAAAGGAAGGCAUUGUAUAUGCUCUCCCCCCUUUCAAAAAUUUAAUCUUUUAUAUAAAACCAUGCUACUGCAACCCACCUUUCAGAUAUGUUUAUGAAAAGCUCUCUAGGCUUUGUGACUGCAGUAAUAAUCUUCGAAACAGGCUAACUGUUAACAGUCAGUUUUCUUGUUGGUAGCAAAGGAAUAUUGGCUUUCAGGUGCCAAAAUUGUUCAACUUACUAACUGAAACCCAGAAGCCCCUAAUCCCUUAAAAGCCUGUAUCCCUUUUAAAAUGAACAUUAUUAGUUGUUUCAUAGUUUACCAUUUUAACAGAAACAUACAGUAAAUCCAACAAAGUGCCAAAACCAUGAAGCAUUCCCUAAUGGAACUAUCUCAGAUUCCAGCUUCCAUUCUGGCAGUUGCUUUAAAAUGGUUUUGCAUUGUUAGGACAACAUUGUACAGAAAUUGAAAAGUUAGGAUUAUGAUGUGGUUUUUUUUUUUCUGUGUGUGUGAUUUUAAAAAGAAAUGUAUGCUGCACUUAAUAAACUGUUUAUUUUUAUAUAACAUAUAACACAUUACUUUAAAACCCUUUAUUAAUUUAGUGGCAGGAACUACUCUGCCAUGUCCUAGUUAUAAGAACAUGGUUACUGAACUUAGCUCCAGUUUGCUAAAGACUAAAUCAGUACUUAGAACAUAACACUGCUAGCUCCAGAAGGCCACCAUACAAAAGGGCAAGAGGAAAAUGGAAUCCACAGAUCAGUUUAUGAUAUCCCUGGAAGCUACUUCCAAUGAUAAUGUGAAGGCCCUGUUCUGUUUCAAAAAGCAAGAAGUAGAAACCUCCCAAAAAGUGAAUUUAGAUUUUCAAAUAGCCAUUUUUGUCUUACUGUGGUUUUUGGUCACUGGAUUUCUUUGCUGGAUAAUGCUAUCCUGUUAUCACAGAACUAAAUGGUUGUCUUUUUGUUAUUGGUUUUUAGCACAAUUUUAAGUUUCUGUACAGUCUGCAAAUUGGCUAGAUUGUAAUAUCUCAAAAAUCUAUGCUUAACAUACUGACUUUUCAGACUAUGUUUCAUUUUCCAUACAUAAUACCUUUACAGUGAAGCUGAAAACAAGAAGUGUUAUGUUAUGUGGUUGGGGCAGAAGACGAAGUUACUGAGACAAGUGAAACACAUUUCAACAAGAUGCCAUAAAUAAUUUCUGAAGUAAAUCUAGUGUUCACAGAAAGUGCCUCAUUGGCUUCUGCAACUUCUUUUCAUCAACUCAAACAUGAACUAUUCAGAGUAGUACUGCCAGUGCUCUUGUGCUGUUCACAGCACAGACCUACCAGCGGAUUGCAGUAUUUGUGGGAGCAGGAGAUGCUUACUGCAUGAAAGACAGUCAAACCAGAGGAUUCUUUCAUCGACUGUGAGAAAUAAGGGUGAGUUUAAUUUGCUAGGCAGUUUCACAGAGGCUACAAAAUCUUUUACUGUUUUCAGUAUUUACAAGAAGCAUCAACAGAAAGAUAAGAAACUCCUAAUGCAGAUCUCUUAGUACUUCUGAGUUCUGAAGCCAGUUAAGCUCCCUGCUCCCAUUCUGUCCCAUUCAUGUGUUACAUCCAGGUGCGUGCUAGCUCUCUUUCUGUUCAGCUGCCUUUAUUUUCUUGGGAGGAUUUUGAUGAUACUGAUGGAAAGGUAAACUCCAUGCCAGAUCACUAGCCUGGAUAACCGUGGGCCAGCAUGCCCAGCUGUGCUGAGGCAUGUACCCUACUGUUCCUAUGGACAUGGCCACAUUGAGUUCCUGUAUCACAAACCUCACUCCUUCAUACCAAAAAAAGGCAAGCAGUGAGUCUUCAGGUUCCCAGUGCUGUCUUGGAACACCAUUUAGGACCUGUUACAUAGAGAAGAGGAUUGUGCUGCAACCCUUUCUUUUGGCAAGACCAGCCUGGCUCCUUAAGAAUUUAAUUGUGCUUAUUGUAAAUUCACAGGUAAUUGCUUUUAAACCCGACUAGAUAUUUUGGUACAGUGUUUCUUUAAUCUCAACACCACUGACAUCCCCUUAAAAGCAGUUUGAGAGAUGUGCUCUUCCACGUAUUUUGCUGACAUGCACGGUCUGAGUCAUAAAGCAUUGCUAAAGAGACACUAACUGCCUGGGGACACAAGCAGAAUGGUUUAAUGCAACAUCUGCCUGGAUGAAGUUUUGCUAACCUUAUGGUUAAAAUUUUGUGAUUUGGAAAAAAAAAAAAGAGAGGGAAGGCAGGUAAUUGUACAACCACUACUGGAACAAACCUAAGUCUUGAGGGAAGCAACUGAAAAAUACAAGUGCAAAAAUUCCAAGUAUAAUACAAUAAAACAGUUGAAAAAUAAUUUUUAGAUUAUUUCUCUGAAACUAAUGAGCAGCCUUUUAGUCUAAAGGCUAAGCAUAAUUUUAAAAGCUUUUUAGAUUUUCAUGCAUUCUAUAAAUUGUGUACUAUGGGAUUUAUGGUUAAAAAAUGUUGUUUGAUCUUGUGAUAGAUCUUAGGCCCUUAGUUUCCUAGCACAAGGAGAAGGUAUGUAUACAACUGCCUGUAACACACAGAGAACAUAUAAAGAGGUGUAUAUGUGCGUGCACACAUAUAUAUACGUAUCUGUAUCUAUCAAACAUGCAAAAUAUCCAGUAGAGUAGAACAGAGACAGUUUGCCUGUUUACUAGACAAUGAGCAAGGCAAAGUUAAAAUUUCUUCUUCCUCCUAUACAAAAAUAAGCUUGCUGUUUAAAAAUUUCUAUAUGAAACAUCCUGUAGCUAUUUGGAACCUGGAAGAUCUCAGCAGAACUAAAAGUGAUUGCGCUCCCUUUAAAAUCACAAUCUCUAGAUUUUGUUUUUCUCCAGUCCUUUAAUACAUUACAGCAAGUCUUCAACAGUUACCUGCUGCAAAAGCAGCCAGUUCCCUCAAGCUGAGACUUGAGAUGCUAUGAAGGUAUGGUAUGAAGGACUGGACAGAUCUUGUGCUUGCUAAUAUUAAAUCCCAUCCAAAUGUGUGUUAGACAAUGUAAAAUCAUUCUCUGAAAAUAAAUGAAAACAUUCCCCUAACAAUACAAUCAAAUUCCAAAAUAUA